UAACUAAUAGCAGGACGUCUUUUCCGAGCCACUCUUUCCGCUCCUCCUCUAAUCCCGCCCCACGGAGUGGGCUGAUGGCUGCAGUUGUCAUGGAAAUGCAAGAACUCCCUCAGCUCCAGAUUCGGUUACCAUGGAAAUGCCGCUAGGAGAUGCUACUAUAGGUCCUCAGGAGAAGCGCGAGAUUAUUCAGCACCUUGGACAGCAGCGGUGUGUCGGUCCUCCUUUCUGCCAGACUCGAUACUAUAUGCUUAUUGUGAUUGGAGAAAUUUCAACAGAUCACCAGCUUGAUUCAGUGAAAGAACACAUUAAACAGGGGAUCCUGUCAUGGGACGUUGAUUUGACCAUUUGUGACUUGAAUAAGGAACUGAAGCUCUUUGAAGCAAGACACUCUGCCCAGUUCUCGUCAGAGGUGAAAGGACAGAGACUUUUGCAAUACAAGAGUGAUGUCCUUGAGACUGUUGUGUUGGUGAAUCCUUCUGAGGAGAAUAUUGCUAUAGAGUUCAGAACACUGCUCUGUGACUCAGCAGGACAUAAGUUAUUGGUCCUAAGUGGGCAAAGUACUGAACAGAGCAGUGAUAUUAUCCUGCAAAGUGGAGUGUUUGGUUGGAAAAAAUUAUCUGACAUUCUCUCAAGUUGUAGGAUUAAAGAUCUCUUAAACCAGCCAUCUGCAAGUCAGCAAGCCUGUUUGACUGUGUCCUGUAAAGGAGAAGGGGGCUGGAGCUCCCUAGGGUACGUACAGGAACAGAGCAUACUCAAGUACAGACUGAACCCAGAGCCCGUGCUGCCUGAGAUGGAAGGGGUGAGCGAGUUUACAGAAUAUGUCUCUGAGACAGUGGAUGUUCCCUCUCCUUUUGAGCUCCUGGAACCACCAACCUCAGGAGGGUUCCUGAAGUUGUCCAAACCAUGCUGCUAUAUCUUUCCUGGAGGACGGGGCGACUCUGCUUUGUUUGCAGUCAGUGGUUUUAAUAUUUUAAUCGAUGGUGGAUCAGACAGAAAAUCUUGCUUCUGGAAGCUGGUCAGACAUUUGGAUAGGAUUGAUUCUGUUCUCCUUACCCACAUAGGAGCAGAUAAUCUCGCUGGUAUAAAUGGACUGUUACAGAGAAAAAUAGCAGAGCAGGAGGAAGAGAAGAGCCGUGGUUCUAAUACUUAUGGAGACUGGAUGAAAAACCUGAUCUCACCAGAACUUGGUGUUGUGUUCUUUAAUGUUCCAGACAAGCUGAAGGUACCUGAAUCCACGCUGAAAGCAAAGAGGAGCAUUGAGGAGGCCUCUCUCACAUUGCAGUACCUUCACAAACUGGGCAUCAAACCUGAGCCUCUAUACAGAGUUAUGAGCAACACAAUUGAGCCUUUAACACUCUUUCACAAGUUGGGUGUUGGCAAACUUGACAUGUAUAUUCUAAAUCCUCUCAAGGACAGUAAGGAAAUGCAAUUCUUCAUGCAGAAGUGGGCUGGUAACAGUAAAGCUAAGACUGGCAUUGUCCUGGCCAAUGGCAAAGAGGGUGAGAUUUCAGUUCCUUACCUCACAUCAGUGACAGCUCUGGUUGUGUGGGUACCUGCCAGUCCAACAGAAAAGAUUGUCAGAGUACUGUUUCCUGGAAAUGCCCCACAAAACAAAAUAUUUGAGGGUCUGGAAAAGCUGAGGCAUCUAGAUUUCUUGCGAUAUCCAGUAGCCACUAAAAAGGACAUGUCAUCUGGAGUUCCACCUCCACUGAUUAAACAAACUAAAAUGAAGCUGAGAACUGAUAGCAAAGAAAGUCUUAAAUCAUCCCCUAAAAUGUCUUCCACUACAAAAGCAAGCAAGAAAGAGGCAAAUGAAGAUAUUGAGUCAAAGAGUGACUCUGUAAAAGAGAACAAAGUUGAAAAGAAAGAUAAGAAAAUAAAAGAGGCUGUUAAAACUCCCAAACAACUUAAACCUAAGACAGCAUCACCCGAUUCACGUAAGCAGGAGAAAAAGAAGCUGCAGAGAGAAAAGUCUCCUAAAAAACAUAUCAAGGAGAAAGCAUCUAAGAUGGAGAAGAAGAAAGAUCAGGAAAAGAAAGACACAAAGAAAGAAAAAACAGAUGUAAAAAAAGAGGACGUCAAAAAAGAACUCAAAAGUAAGGAGGAGAAGAAAAAAGAAAAAGAAAAAAUUAAGCCAGAGUUGAGAAAAAUCACAAAACCUGACUUAAAGCCCUUCACCCCUGAGGUCCGGAAGACUCUGAACAAAGCAAAGGUUCAAGUAAAGCCUAAAACAGAAAAAAAUAAAGCUGCAAAAGAGCAAGAAAACAGGCCAGCUGCUAAGCAAGCUUCAGUAGAGAAAAAGGAGAGUGUCAGGUCCUUAGUCUCCUCCCCAGAAGAUCUUACCAAGGAUUUUGAAGCCUUGCAACUGGAGGAGGAGCUUUCCAAGCUCACAGAGAGCAAAGUACUCCCAAAUUUUCAGUCUGCAGUGGACAGUGUUGUCCCUCACAUUGAAUCUCCUGAUGAAGGAAUAACUACAACAGAUGUUGAGACAGAGUCCCCUCAUGAGGAAAGGGUACCAUAUGGAGUAAACGAAAUUAAAUCCCACUCUAAAACCACUGAUAGAUUUGAGAAUGAAGGUGCUACUACAGAAGAUGACAUAGAGGAUGACUAUACCACAAAACUGAAAAGUGCUACAACAUCUGACUUUUUGGAGAUGGGCGAAAAUAAAGAAUGGCAAGAAAAAGCAAAAGAAGAAGAGAAAGAGCUUGAAAUGAAACCUAAAAAGAGUGACAGUGAAGAAGAAGAGGAUGUGAUUGAGAAAGCAGAGCUAGAGGAGGCAGAGGAGUUAGUGCAUGAAGAGGAGCUCAAGUACAAAUCUGAUGAGGCUAGGAAAGAAAAACUUGGAAAGGACUGGGAGACAAAACAAAGUGACAUUAAAUCUGCCAAACCUCUGGGUGCUGCAGAGCAUGUGUCUUUCAUCCAAGAUGAAACCAUUCCAGGUUACUCUGAGACAGAGCAGACCAUUUCUGAUGAAGAGAUUAAUGAGGAAACAGAGGAGCGAAUGCCACAUCUUCAAUAUGAUGUCAGCUCUUAUGAGAUCUCAGUUCCUGAUGAACCAGGGACUUUUGACACCAUUCAUGGCAUGAAACCACCAACCAUAUCUGUUGCUUCUGAGUUAUCAUCAAAGGGUUUUGCAGUAGACCUGGAGCCAGUCCUAUCAGCUUACGCAACCAAUAUAAUUGUGGCUCCAUUGGCUGAAGAAGAGCAUAUAUCAUCAGCCACAUCCAUAACUGAAUAUGACAAAUUAUCAUCUUUUGCAACAUCUGUUACUGAAGAUCAGUCUAUAGCAUCCGUGACAGCACCACCUACUGAAGAUGCAGGGAAAAGCUCUUUAUACUUAGAUACCGUAAAUAGUAUACCAUCAUUUGUACAGACAGAUGCCACUCAAGGAAAGGAGUACCUCCACUCAGCUGGAACUAUUUCUCCAACUUCUUCCUUAGAGGAGGAUAAGUGUUUUAAAUCACCUCCUUCAGAAGAAUAUCAACCCAUUGUGCCAGAAACAGAAAAUGCAGUGAAGGCUACUGUUCCCACAAAUUAUGAGGAUGAAGAAGAUGAGGAAGAAGAUGAGGAUCAGACACCGAAUGUUGAUAUGCCACUUGGAAAGAUCCAUGAGGGUUAUGCAUCUGCUGCCAUGCUCCAAGACACUGAACAAGCUUCUAAUAAAUUUCCCACAUCAACAGCACCUAUUUCUCCUCAGAUGAUGUAUGUUAGCACACAAGAAAAAGAUGAAAAGGAAAUCUCACUCUCUAAGGAUGAAUCUAAAUUGGGCACCUUUGAGAAAAGUUUGUCCUUCUCAUCAAAUUUGCCUUGCACCUCAGAGACAAGUAUUAUUUCAGAGAGUGAAGAAAGAUGCCUCAGCCCAGAUGACAGCACUGUGAGGUUCGCCUCACCUACACAAUCAGGACCGACCAGCAGUAGCUACUCUCCCACUGAGGAGAGGCCACAAAAGCCACUGAUUAUGGACAAAGAGGAAAAACUAGAUAAGGAGACUUUUGAUUCUCAGAUGUGUUUGGCCCAAGAGGUUCCUGCUGACAAAAAGUGUGUGAAAAUAAUUGAUGAUGAAGUGGAUCCUUUUGGAAAGGAAUUCUCCAGCACGAAACCUGCAUUAUAUGACUCAGAAGAGGAUGAAGAGGAAGAUAAAGAGGAUUAUUAUGGAAAAGGAAGCUAUAACGUGUGUGGUAAAACUAAAUACAAAGAGGAGAGGGAGUGCAAUUUUCUUGAUGAAGAAAACUCUGAAGAGACAUCACCCCUAAAAGAGGAGAAGCAGUUUGAAAAUGAGAAAGAAUCUAUGGAUAAGGAAGAUAAACCACAAAAUGUGACCUACUUGGGCCAUGAGUGCAAAUCCCAGAUGCUCAGCUCAGGAGAGGAAGAUGAAAGUGAAACUGAGGAUGGUACUUACUCAAGCAUAAAAGUACCACAGGGCAAGUUAGAUUCCAUGUCAGCAAGCCAAGGCAAAAAAGAUGCGUCAUUCUCAGAGAUAGAUGACCCAAAAGUGAUUUCUAAGGACAGCGAUAAAAGUGUUCACUUCAGCUUGUAUUCCUUCCCUGAGUGUGAGAAGGGCCUCAAAGGUGAGUUUGAGAGGGUGGUUAGGCAAGAUACACCCUAUGUUGGGAAAAGCUUUACAUACUCUGAUGUGUAUGACAGUAAAUCAAAUUCAGUGGAUUCCUACUCUCCAAAUCUGCCAACGGAGCACACUUUUGAUGAUACUGAUGUUACUUUAAAGAAAACAGAAAAGGAGGAAUCCCUAGAUUCGUCCACUGGCAAGAUUUCUGACCUUAAAGCAUCAGAUGAAAAGGAAACAUCAUCAACUUUAUAUAGUGAAACACAAAGUAUAUAUGGGACACCACAGUUAAAGGAUACAUCCGAAGGAACAUUCUCUGUGAAAAUAAAUGAAGUUGAAGAAAAGACAACUGUGAAAAACCCAUCUUUUUCAGCAGAGAGAGACCCAUUUUCAGUUAAAUUUGAAAAGUCUGAUUUCAGUGGAUUGGCAGAGGGUGGUGCAUCACAGUCAGGCCAUUAUGCAACAGACAGCUUAAUCUCUGCUCACAGUGCUAAAAGUUCUAUUUCUAUGUUAGGCCAAUUUACAUUUGGCACAAAAGAAAUCGUGGCUGGAGACAUGAAGAUGUUUGCUGAUGGAGAGGAUGAAGAUGAAGAAGACGAAGAAGAUGAAGAUGAUGAGGAUGAGGAAUAUGGAGAGCAUGUAAGUGAUAGUGAUACAGAGAAAGGUGCCAAAGACAGACAAGAAAAAGAUGCCCAGCAUCCUCUAAGCAGUGACAUCAGCACUGUACCUACUCAAUUCCAGGAAGAAAAGAAAGACACCAUUACACAGCACUACAGCUUUGGCUCUGACACCUAUGGGAAAUCUUUAGGUUCUUCGACAUUUGAAUCCACUCUAAUCCAUGAGGGUCCCAAGGACUCAGUGCAAACUGUUAAAGGUGAUGCCUCACCUUUUCCUACUGAAAGUCAUAUUACAGGCUCAUCUGGAUUUGAACGUUCUUCAAGUGAGGAGAGAGAUGAGUUUGUAGAAAAUUAUGAGAAAGAUGUCAAGUCAUAUUUACCCCUUUCGUCAAAGUCUGCUGAAGAUAAAUUCUCUACUCACUAUGAUGGCAAAGAUCUUGAGUUCAACAAGCAAAAGACACCAGAUGGAGCAGAGAAAAAAACAGGAGACCCUGUUUCAUUGGGCUUCAGUUACACAACCAUGUCAGCCACAGCAUAUUCCUCUUCCUCUUCGUACAGUCAUUCCUCAUCAGCUUCAGCAUCUCUGUCCACUAGCCGCCAGUUUGGGGAUGAGAUAGAGACUCCAGCCAGUACUGGAUUUGAGUACUCAUCUUUCAAAGAUGAACAUUCACCAGUAAUGGACUCACCCUUCUCUAGUUCUGGUGGGCAGGCUAAGGAUGAAUAUUUAGAAGUGUCUGAAAAGCUGACCCCUGCAACCACUACAGCUGUAUCCACCUCUAGCCUUGCAAGAUUCUCACCAUUAUCACCAUUUGAGGAGAACAAGCCUUUCCCUCCACAUGCUGGUACUUGUAUAGGUGAUAAGAAAGAACCUGCCUACUCUACAAGCAAUAUCUCAGAUCAAGGCCCACAGAGUCAGUGCUUUUACAAAUUGGAGCGGGAUGAGGACUCAAGAUUACAAGCUGAAUUUGGUGCGACUGGACCUUAUACCUCAAUGCCUCUGACCACACAGAAAGACACCAUGCCUGAAGAUCUGUAUGGUGCUUCAUCAACACUUCAAUUUGAGUGCCCUGAAAAACAGUACUAUGAAGACACAGAGAGUAGUGAAGAGGAGGACGAUUAUAUGUACGAAACUGAACAGGAUAAACUUCAGUACCAAAGAUCUCCACUUAAAGCUCAAGCAGACAAGAAAAAUGCCACAUUUUCCUUGGGUGAGACACUAAUAAAGGACAUACCUUCUGGUUUGGGAGCCACUCUCACAGAUGCGCUUACCUCACAUACAUCCUCUUUCCCUGAGCCCACAAAACCAGACACAACAAAUGGGCCUGCAGAAGUUACUUUGAGUGCACCAGAGGCUUUUGGAGGAUCCAGCAAGGGGAUAGGCUUGUCAAAAAUAGAGAUGCAAGACCAAGAAUUUGAUGUGAAGAAAAUUAGAAGCCCAAGUGAAUGGGAAAUGCAGCAGCAACGAGACAUCUACCCGGGAGCAUCCCCACCUCAUUAUCGACAUGAAGAUGAGUAUGAAGAAGAAGAAGAGACUGAGCCAGAGCACCCAGCCCGUCCUCUUUCUCUUUCAACCAAAGACCAACCUUUCCAAACCUCCUAUUACGCAGAUGAUCCAAGCAGACACGAUGAUGACUCCGACUAUCCUUCAAAUGUUGGUAUCCAUCAACAUUCAUCCACAGCUUCUCCAGGCUAUUCCUCCUGUGAGUACAAGCAGAGGAGAGGAGACACAUCUCCAUCCUUCAUCAACCCAAGCUUAUGUCAACUUUCAAGCGACGAAGAAAAUGAGGAACAGAGAAGCCAAGCAUCCGAUCAACAGCAACCUUCGGGGAAGACCAGAUCUCACAAACAACCUCGACACCACUCUCACAGUCAUCAUGGCGAGGACAGCGAAUUGCAACACUUCUCUGGAGCCAUGGCUGCUGGGAUUAGUGCCAUAGGGGAGGACACACCUCCAACCUCUGUCAGUGAGCCAUUGCAUUCCCAGUCAGAUUCUGAUGUUCCACCAGGUACGGAAGAGUGUCCAUCGAUCACAGCAGAAGGAAACAAUGACUCUGAUGAGGAUGCAGAUUACCUGCCUGUAGAUAAAUCAUCUGGAGUUUAUGGGGGGAAGCAUUAUUCAUCUAGGUCGCCUGCUAAAAAUCAUGAUCCCUUCCCAUCACCAAUGAUGGACCCUGCUCCUUGUCCCCCUCGCCCUGAUGUAUGUAUGGUUGAUCCCGAGGCUCUGUCAAGCCUAACCGACAAACCAAUCAAGAAAGAUUCCAAAACCAAGAGUUUACGUAAAUUAGGUAAGACUAAGUCCUCAUCUCCUGCUCGCAAGACUGAUGCCAGGCGGAAGAGGUCCCCAACCAAGGAGCCCUCCACUCACACCACUUCUCUUAGGAAGAAGGAAAUGGAGGACGAUCUUUCAAGGUCAAGCCACAACACCGGCAAAGGCCUUGUCAAUGGCCUUAAGAACAGUGCAGGUUCAAAUUCUGCAAAAUGCAGUUCAUCUGUGCCCCCCGGUCCUCCUAUCUAUGUGGAUCUGGCCUACAUUCCCAACCACUGCAGUGCUAAAAAUGUGGACCAGGAGUUUUUCAAACGUGUUCGUUCUGCAUAUUAUGUAGUGAGUGGAAACGACUCCAGCAGUGAAGAACCGAGCCGCAGUGUACUAGAUGCCUUGCUAGAGGGAAAGGCACAAUGGGGAUCCAAUCUACAGGUAACAUUGAUACCUACUCAUGACACAGAAGUGACCCGCGAAUGGUAUCAGCAGACCCAUGAGAAGCAACAGGAGCUGAACAUCAUGGUCCUGGCCAGCAGCAGCACAGUUGUGAUGCAGGACGAGUCAUUCCCAGCCUGCAAAAUAGAGUUCUAAGUUCAACAUGUCUCCCAGGUUCACAUCUUUAUUCUCAAAUGGUCCGUUACAGCCUUAAUUGUAGUUUUCUCAGUGUAAAAUUCUUAACCUUUUGCUUUUUAACUUCCCAAGGUUUAAACCAGCACAUACUGUCUAUUGCCCAAAAACACCAGUCAAAUGGUAUAAACCUUGAUUAUUAUUUCUUGGUGAGGAAAGUUACUAGAGUGCAGGAGAACAGAAGGAAGACGUGCCUUUCACUAUAUACUUUUCAGGGUGGCUUUUCCCUUUACGUUGUACAAUACAUACAUGCACACACACAUGACCUUUA